AUGGCACUGUUGUACCGAAAGUUAAACAACAGUGGUGGAAUUAAAGAAGAAAAUGAGCUGUUUGAGUCAGCACGUUGCGCUGAUGAAGGUUGUCUUCUGUGCUAUUACCGUAAAAAUAGUUUCCGGGUGCUACCUGUGCUUCGCUUAUCCGCAAUAUCCUCCAUGGCAACAGCCUUGUUCAAAGUCACUAUCGGUUUGCUAGUCAACAAAGGUAGAGAUAAGGCAGCAGAGAUUCUGAAAGACGGCGAUGUAACAGAUCAAAGAUUCCACUCCCUGAUCGUCCGUGAAAUAGACGACAUCAAGUCAAAGUUGGAUGCGUUAUCGAGAAAAGAUUUAGAAGCGAGUAUCAGUUUCUUUGAGGAAGGAAUCGUGUUGUUGUAUGAAGUGUUUGACAUAGUCAAGUCUAGAAACGAGCGUGGUGCGGCAACAGCACAAGCAGCUUGCGAUGAAGCAUUUUCUCUCGUUGACGGAAUCAGAAAGUUAGAGCUUACUGGCUUGGACGAGUAUGCUACAAGAAAGCUUUCCACUGCAAAGGAAAGAUUCAAAGAUGCUCGAAGGGAAGCAACGAGGGCCUUUAAAAACGAAGGCCUCAAAACAUAUGACCGCAUUCUGGCCAUGAAGUAUCGAGUAAUGGCAACGAUAUUGGAAACAGUAGACAAUCCCGCUGAUGCAGUGGCACCAUGUGGAGUGUGUGUAAAGGAACUUAACAGUCUGUCAGCAGUACAGAAUAGCUUUGACGUUCAGCUCAAGACAGGCAUUCAGAAAGUGAGGGGUUUAUUUGGUAAAGAGGAAAGAAGUGAAAUAAUUUUCAAUGUUUGUCAUGUGAAUCGCGUGAUCUUUGAUAUCGCGCUCGCAUCGGGGAGACUUGACUUCUGCCCGAGUGUUUAUGUUAGAGAAAAUAAAGUUUUUCCAUUGUGUGACGCGAGAGUAAAAGACGUGUUACUCGAACAUGGUAAAGAGUAUUGCUGUGUUCCACCAAGGUCAUUUGGUCAAGAGGGUAAAGAGGAACACAUCCUGAAGGAACCGUGGGGUAUCGCUACAAACUCCAGCAGAGAAUUUAUUGUAAUAGAAUUGCGACACGUGAAGGUGUUUGACAACAGCGGAAAGUUUGUGAAACAAUCGAGUCUCUCUACCGAUGAAGCAAAUCGAACAUUUGCUUUUGAAGUCGCCACAGACAUGAGUGACAACAUCUUCGUGCUGAUCAAACUAGUGAAGCCUAAGAGUCAGCCAUCUUUUUCGGUUUGUAAACUUACUAAAACCGCUGACCUGCAUCACGCGUUUCGUCUGAGGGGAGAAGCCAAGUAUAGAGGACUGUCAGUCAGUGAUAAAGGGAAAGUGGUGACCUUGCGGGGAGCGAAUACAGUGGAGGAAUAUGACACUGAUGGAGAGUUUGUUCGCAGUUUUGGACAAGGAAUAAUAAGUUCAGCGCGGGAUAUUAUUGUUGCUAAUGACGGCCUUGUUAUGGUACUAGGUGACUACUAUGUUCACAUAUUCAGUGAAUCCGGCGACUAUCUUGACAAGUUCAAACUGCAACAACGUGACUGUGAUUACACAAGCAUUACAUUUCACCGAGCAGGUGAACAAGUCGUCGCCGCCGGUAUUCUAGCAAGAAACCUCCUAUAGGUUGAAAUAUACAGUAAAGAUGGUGAGUUUGUGUACUGUGCAGAAAUCGCAAUUGAUGGUUGGUUCCGUAAUGUGAGAAAGAUUACGUUGACAACCAAGGGACGCAUUGCUCGUGUUGCAGAUGGUAAGGUAUUCAUUUUUU